CUGAUUUUCACCUCCCACUUCGCUCUACCCUCAAGAACAGUAUACACUUUACAAAUGCUAACAUCUCAACCUACCAAUACCAAGAAAGAAUGGCCUUUAUAAGAACCAACCACACUCAGCCUUUGGUUUCUGUGUAUAGACUUAUGAACACCUCUGUGGGGCAAAAUCCCAAGUUACAUAUUCUAGUCACGUCCCGCAAGUUAGAAUUACAAGGAUCAGAAGGCUGGGAGACAUUUGACGUGUCCAGUGCUGUGGAAAGUUGGUUAACCCAACCAGAGUCGAAACUCGAACUUCAGAUUGUGUGUAGUAAUUGUGACUUUGUAUUUAUGUCAAUGAACAAUUCCCUAGAAGCCAGUUCUUUCCUCCAACAAAACUUUACACUUGACAAGUCCCCUAGUAAGUCCGUUCUCGAAAUUGGACUAUCAGAAAGAUCGCGCCGCUUACCACGAAACGUUCGUCAUUCUAAACGGUAUCCCAUGGAUUGUACCCAUGGUAAAAAGACGAAAAGGUGCUGUCGGUACAAAAUGAAAGUAUCCUUCCAAAGUAUCCCUCUCAAAGGAACCGGCUGGGAAUCUAUUAUUGAACCCAAAGAGUUUGAUGCCUUUGUAUGCAAAGGAAAGUGCAAUAAGCGGUAUAGAAAUGUUCUCAACAGGCACGCUUUGCUUCAAAACAGGCUGCGGAGGAUCAUGAAAGACAAGAUCCCGCGACUGUGUUGUACUUCCAAGAAAAGGAAACCUUUGAUGGUUAAGGUGAUUGACAGUCACAGCCAAAGACGAGAAGGAAAGCUUGACGACAUGAUUGUUACAGAAUGUGGUUGUGGUUAAAAAUCUUUGGAGCUUCCCUGCUCCUUCUCCUAGGCCUUUUCAAAUCAUUAGUCACUGUUCGGAUGGACAAAUGAGCCAAAUAUCCAGUUCAUCAUACAUUCUUUACUCCAAACGAUGUUCCUAGACAGUCAACAACAUCUCUUUCUUCCUUUAAUUAGUCUACGUUAGCUUUUCCUCGAGACCAUUUGAAAGAAGUUAACCAAAAGAGCUCCUCUGAUAUUCUGGGGGCUUUUAUCUGAACAACAACGACCGUGGUCCGUCUCCUGAAUGGGAUUCUUUCGGUUUUAAACCAAAGUAGUUCACCGUUCCUCAUGACUCUUGAAAAGUUUACUCCUCUGAUAUUCUGGGGGCUUUUAUCUGAACAACAACGACCGUGGUCCGUCUCCUGAAUGGGAUUCUUUCGGUGUUAAACCAAAGUAGUUCACCGUUCCUCAUGACUCUUGAAAAGUUUACCACAAGAGCGUUCGAGGUGUUUUAGGGUCCUUCACAAAAACAGUGACUUACUACUUCAAUGAAUAACGGGUAGUUUGAUGUGUGGUUCGGCUCGAAAAUUUUGAAAACAUCACUCUCCGAUACUGUGAUAUUGA